AUGACGGUACCGGAGGCGGUGGCACUAGACAUACCGGCGGAAGAGGGUUCGCCGGUGGCCAGGGUGCCGCGGCGGAUCAGGAGGAGGCUCCUCCAGGCGCGUGAGUCAAGCGCCGACGCGCCGGCAACCGCCGAAGAGAUCGAGACCAAGCUCCGCGACGCCCAACUCCGGAGGCAGGAGCUCAUCAUGGCUGAAGGAGCGGUGAAAAUGGAUAUGUUAGCCAUCACCUCUAAAUGCCUAAUCAGCCGUGAACGAGGGGUUGGAACAAAUGUUAAACAACAGGGGAAACCGGUAUUUCAAGGGGCUUGCACCAAAGCGGGUUUGUUUAAGCCCUGGUUGGUUCUGAUGCAAUUCCAUGAAACAUUAUCAUGCAAAGCAAGACAUGCGGUCAGGAGCACUUCACAGCCAUCUCAGGAGGAUCCCAAGCAACGCCUUGAAGCGAAGCUUGUGGCUGCUAAGCAGAAGAGGUUGAGCCUCUUGGAGAAAGAGCAGAAUCGUUUAGCUAAAUCGGAUGAGCUGCGUCAGGCUGCUAAGAAGGAUGCAGAAAUGAGGUUCAACAGGGAAAGGAAGGAGCUUGGCAUGAGAGUUGAGCAUCGGGUACAGCAAGCGGAGGAGAACCGUAUUCAACUCUUGCAUGCUCGUUUGCAGAGGCGAGCUGCGCUGGAGGAAAGGACAAAAAAGUUCUUUGGGCAAAGAGUGACAUCAGAGAAUAAGUACAGGGAGACAACAGCGGUGUUGGCUGCGGCCUUUGACGUGCUGGGAAUAAAUCAGGAAUCUGCUAAUUCUCUGCCAUUUGAAAAACUAGCCCUCUGUAUUGAAUCUACAAAAGUUCUUCAGACCACCAGGGCAUUGCUUGAUUGCUUGGAGAGUCGUUUUAUUCUUUCUCAGACAUCAAGUUCAUGCACACCAGAAAAUAUCGAUCAUCUGCUCAAGCACCUGGGAUCACCAAAUACGAGAAUCCUACCAAGUAGUGCAGCAAGAGCUAGAGUAACACCGAAAAGGACAACUAAAAAUUCUGACGCUGGCAAGUUACCUAGAUAUUCACCAAGGGUAGUGCUUUGUGCUUACAUGAUUCUAGGUCAUCCAGGCGCUGUUUUUAAUGUACAAGGCGAGCGAGAGAAACUACUUGUGGAGUCAGCAACAAACUUUGUGAAGGAAUUUGAACUGCUGAUGAAGACAAUACUUGAUGGGUUAGAUGGUGCAUGCAUAUUGCAGCAGUCUACAUUAGGUGCAGUCUCUCCUGGAUCUUCUAAUAACCAGGAGUGUUCUUCAAUUGCUGCAGAUCAAACAAAAUUCAGAUCUCAGCUGGCUUCUUUUGAUAAAGCUUGGUGUGCUUAUCUUUACCACUUUGUGGUGUGGAAAGCAAAAGAUGCCAAGUCGCUAGAGGUAGAUCUCGUGACAGCUGCAUGCAAGCUUGAGCUCUCAAUGAUGCAAACAUGCAAAGUAACUACUGAAGGCCGGUCAGAUAGCCUUAAUUAUACUAAUAUUAAUUCGACAGCCAUCCAGAAACAGGUUAUGGUAGACCAGAAACUUCUAAGGGAGAAGGUUUGGCACCUAGGUGGUGAAGCUGGUAUUGAGAGGAUGGAACUUGCUUUAUCAGAAACAAGGUCAAAGUUCAUUGGAGCCAAGGAAAAUAGGAGCCCCUUGGCAACAUCAGAUGCAAAUGUCGCAUCUCUUUCUGGACAGUCUCUUCUUUCUGACACCAAAGAUAAUUUGGGUACAGAUGGUGAAAGGCUAGGUAGAGUUGUUCAAUCUUUGUCCAAAGCUUCUUCUUCAACGUCUCAAAGUAACAUUAGAGACAACGGUGGUCAAAUGAGCAGCACAGGGUCAGGAGAGCUGCCAACAGAGAAUGAGCUUGUCGGAUAUUUGUUGAAAGCUUCCCCUUCACCAUCUGAAAGUAACUCAGGAGACAAGGUCAUCAGCAGCCAAAUGAGCAGAGCGGUGCCAGAAAAGCUGCCAACAGAGAAUGAACAAAUGGUCAAUGAGAUUUUGCAUGGUUCUUUUUCUGAUAGCUCUGAUGACGUUGGUAAAGUUGAGGGGGAUUUCAAGGCACAAGUUAGGGAAACAAUGGAGAAAGCUUUCUGGGAUGUGGUUGUGGAUUCAAUGAAAGGAGACACACCAGAUUACAGUUAUCUGGUCAACCUAGUAAAGGAAGUCAGGGAUGCAUUGCAGCAGAUGGCUAGUAAAGGGUGGAAAGAAGAAAUAGCAAACAAUAUUAACAUCGAAAUAUUGUCCCAGGUACUUGAGUCGAGCACCCAGGGCACACAAUAUUUGGGGCAGAUUCUGCAGUACUCUCUGGGCAUGCUGCGUAAAUUAUCUUCUCCUGCAAAGGAAGACGAAAUGAAGAUCAGUCAUGACAAAUUAUUGAACGAAUUGAUCGGACACUCUGAUUCUCAUGAUAGAGAUCCAAAUGCAUUUGUAAUAGCUGUCAUCAAGGGCUUGCGGUUCACUAUGGAAGAGUUAAAGGCUCUUCAGUCUGAAGUCAGUAGAGCACGAAUCCAACUACUGAAACCAAUUAUAAAGGGCUCAGGUGGGGUCGAGUACCUGCAGAAAGCUUUUGCCGAUCGCUAUGGAUCCCGUUCCAAUGCAUUAGUUUCUCUCACUUCAACUAUUCAGUGGAUUUCUACCUCAAAGGAUAUGGUAGAAGAAGAAUGGAAUGAACAUGUCAGCUCCUUACAGAUCCUGCCUGCAUCAGACCAUGUUCAGCCAUUGGUUACGACCCUCCGAGCUGGUCGUGGAACUCCAGAUCAGCAACAAUCUACAGUGCCUGUAGCAGGAAGUACAGAGAUACUACCAGAGUGCUCGGGAGAAAUGCUCGACAGGCUAGUAAGGAUUGGGCUGUUACAGCUUAUCAGCAGGAUGGAGGGCAUGGAAAGAAAAUCAGUACCUGAGACAUUUAAGCUCAAUUGGUUGAGGUUGCGUGGUGUCCAGAGUCAGUUCCAACAAGUGAUUGUUAUCGCAACAAGCAUGCUUGUCCAGCGUCAAGUAUUGAUGAGUGAGGACUCAAAGGCCACUUCCUCAGAACUGGAAAAUGUUACCUUGGAACUGUUCAACACGCUCGCAGAGCUAUUAGACAGUUUUUCUGAUGUCGGCACGGAUCAGAUCAUCGAGGUGAUGGUCCGUUCGUCGACCUCGGCCGGCCCUUGUUCGGAUGAAAUGGUUGAGAACAGGAAGCAGAUAUUGAGCAGGGUCUUCCUCAAAAGCCUCCAGACUGAUGACACUGUCUUCAGGAAGGUGUCUCGAUCUGUUUACUGCGCGUUCCGUGCAGUCGCCCUGGGUGGCAACGGGACGAAGGGCAGGAAACUCGCCGAGGCGGCCCUGGGGCGCAUCGGAGCGACAAAGUUGACCGACCGCGUAGUGAAGGCAGCGGAAGUGCUGAUCAGAGUAGCAACAAUAUCAGAGCAGGUUCAUGGCCCGUGGUACAGUCAUCUCCUGUAA